AUGCAGCAACUUUCAGGUGGUCAGAAGGCUCGCGUGUGCUUUGCCAGCAUCACCUGCAGGAAACCUGAGAUCUUGAUUCUGGACGAGCCGACCAACCAUUUGGACAUCGAGAGUGUUGAAGCGCUCAUUGACGCGUUAAAGAGGUAUCAGGGUGGCCUCGUGCUGGUUUCCCACGAUGCACGGCUCAUUCAGGCGUCCGGAUGCGAUCUGUGGCUCUGCCGGGCGGGUCAAGCGUUGACGUCCGUGAAGAGCUUUGAAGAGUACCGCAGGCAAGUUCUUAAAGAUCUUCAGAGGCGGCAACAGCUGGCAGAGGAAGAGGCCAAGCGCCGUGCACUGCAGCGGCAGAAGCGCAGGGUGCGGACGUCGGUCUUCGGUGGAGUGCCGGAACGCGGGUCCCCCUCCAACGCGCACCGGGAGCGAUUUCCAAUGGCGCCAUCCCUGACCUUGCCGUCCCUGGCAGUGGAUGCUUUGGGAUGUUUCAGAGGGACCGGACUCGUGGGAUGGAUCUUCAUAGGUCCGAACGAGCGGAGCACGGCGGUCGCAGACCCGUUCAGCGAUCAGAUGGCGACGGCGGAGCAAACCCUCGACAGGCGACAAGUGCAUUAUCAAUCGGCGCCCCUCUUGCCGCUGGCCACGGUCCACAGGGGCGAGGAGAAGGAGAAGAUGGAGAUGGGAGAUCCAGUUGACCAGUCCGUCCUGGACACGCGAGCCCUCCAAGUCUUCCAGCAUCAUCUCUGGCAGGUGCCGCAGAUCUUCGGUGCAGUGCGUUCGGUAGGGAAAACCGCCAAGGUCGCGGUUGGGUCGCGGUAG